AUGUGCGGCCAGGCGCCCAAGAAGCCCUCCGUGUCUCAGCCCCCGCCGCCACGCGGGAGUUGGACCAGACCUCCGCGUCUGCCCCAGCACGCUUGCGGGCCCCAGUGCCCGUCAGAUGCGGAGAUCGCCAUCUGCGCCGCCACGUCCGCCGCCGGCUUCGGCGCCAUCAGCGACGGUUGGCUCCCGAGGGCGGUCGGCCGGGCGCGCGCCGCACGGGCCGUGCCGCAGGGGGAGCCCCGUGCAUGCGCCAGGCAGGCCCGCAUCCAGCAGGACACUCGCCAGCAGAAGCUCGAGCAGGCGAAGUCCGAGGUCGAGUCGGCCAGGGUGGCGCUCGCGCAGGCCACCCAGGCCGCGGCCAGCGCCCAGGCAGAGCCCGCCGUGGCACAGGCCGCCGCGGACGACGCGGCCACCAAGGCCGCCCAGGCCUUCGGCAGCCUCGCUCCCGCCGCGCCCAAGGAUGGCGAUCUUGCUUUCCACGGUUGGGCUAAGGGCCUCCGCGAGCAGGCCGUGCCCGACGACCCCGGCGCCAGGGAGAAGUUCCUGCGCAUUCUGCAGCAGCUGGAUGACAUAGCUAAAGAGCUUGGUGGUGUGGAGCGAGCAGUGCCCUCGACAUGGAGCUCGACGACCUCAUCGGCGACAACUUGUUUCAUGGCGGAGUUGGACGAGAAGCAUGGCAUCAAGCAGGGGUUGGCCAGCAGCCUCUUCCACGACGCCAAGGAGCGCAUCGCCAAGAAAGCCAAGGCUGGCACGCUGCCGCGGACGCCCGCACAAGACGUGGUCGACCGCUGCAACCCGAGCAAGUGCGCAGUCGCGUCCCCCAUCGGCUCGGGCAACGUGUUCUGGAUCAGGCUGGCGGAGAUCGAAUCGGCCAGGCACAGCGAGGUGCUCUCGUUUGGCCGCCUGCUCAAGCGUGAGCGACUGUGCAUCGCGUGGCCUCCAGGACCCUGGCUGCUCGGUGGCGGUCACUUGCAGGGGCGCGUUUUCUGGGGCGGAGGCUUGCUCGACCCGUUCUCGUCGCUAGCCCCAGAGGGCUCGGGGUGGUCCCGUGCCCAGGUGCGCGUGGCGGACUUCUCUCUGGUCAAAGUCAGAGGACACGCAGCGCGCGCUUCAGCCAAUUCAGACCAGGUUGCCCUUUGCCAUAAAGUUGGCAACGACCUGGCCGACCAGCGCGCGGAGCAGCCCCUCGCCACCCUUCGCAGCUUGCUCUCGGCUGUCCUUGAGCACGCUAGGGUGGGUAUCGCAGGCGGCAGGCUUCAUAUUGUGCACCCGUUCAAGCUCGGAGACACAGGGCAGCGGCGCGUCGCCUGCACCGUCUGCGGCGCCAUCUGCUACAACGCUGGAGUCAGCGCGUGCGAGAAAGUCAGCUACAACGCUGGGAUCAGCGCGUGCGAGAAGGGCGGGCAGUGGCAGCGGGCGCUGACGCUGCUGAGCGAGAUGCGGGAGGUCAAUGAGCUGUGGAACAAGGCUCUGGACCUGCUCGGCUCAAUGUUGAGAGCCCGUGUGGACCCUGCAGCGGCCGAUAGCCCAGACGAGGGCUUGUAUGUGCACGACAUCGAGGCAGGUGGCCCCAAAGACGUUUUGAAACACAUCGUUCUCGUGGCUCUGCUGCAGCAGAUUGUCGCGGGCGCAGAUCCGUUCACUUUUAUUGACAUGCACGCCGCUUCUGGUGUGUACGACCUCGGUUCCGAGGAGUCGCUCCGAUGCCGGAUGUUUGAGAAGGGUGUGCUCCGGCUGUCACACGCAGCCGACCGCUGCGGCAAGGGUUUGGUUGCAGACUAUCUGGCCGCGGUGUGGAGGUGCAACCAGGCUUUGGGUUCUUCCUCGCGCGCCCUGGGCUUCUACCCGGGGUCGCCUGCGCUGGCGUGGCAGUGGCUGAGGCCACAGGACACCGCCGUGCUCUUCGAGGCCGCCGCCGAGCCCUACGAGGCCCUCAGGCGGAGCUUCUCCUUACUGUGCCGCGGGUUAGAUCGCCGCCUCGAGCUGCUGCACGACGACUCCUACCUGCGGGUCAUCUUUGGGCCCUGGCCCUGGCCCAGCGGGCGGCAGCUGGUGCUCCUGGACCCGCCAUACGAUUCCAUUCAGUCCCACAACACGUGGAACGUGUUCGUCCUCAGGCGCCUGCUCCAGAGGUCGCCCUCCAGCUGCGUUGCCCUGUGGUACCCGCUGGUGGACCCGGAGAAGAUCGCGGGUCUUCACAGCCAGGUCCAGAGCCUUAGAGUCGGCAGCGUGCUCGUGGCCGAGAUGUGGGUCGGGGGUUCGUGGCCGCGUGGCGAUGCCCUGCAGGGAUCGGGGGUGCUGGUGGUGAACCCGCCCCUUGCCGUCCACGCGCAACUCCUCGCGGAGCUGCCAGGGCUCCAGGGGGCGCUGCAGGCCACAG